AUUGUACCGCGUCGCGUCUUCAAUUAAUAAAUCCCCAUUAAACUUCGUCACUAGCAAUACGCGAAUAAACAUUUCCUAUUAAAUCACUUUUAAGCAAGCCACCAACCCUUGAGCAAAUCCGAAAUUAAACUUGCUAACUUUACAACUCCCGUUCAACUUCCUCACAUAAACAUUCGACCAAGAUGGAUGACAUUGAGAAACAAAAAUAUGAAGCGACGUCCAAGGAAUUGCGGGCAGACUUGAAGCUAUUUGAAGCUGAAUGGGCAAGUCGCAAUAGCGGUGCAAAACCACGACGCGAGGAUAUCAAACAGAAUCCUGAAAUAGCCCAGAAAUAUAAAAAAUACAACCAAGUUCGUGACAUCCUUGCUGGAAAGAUCCCUCCCCCCAAGGACAAGGAAAGCAAUCGGCAGUCUAUGAAUAGGCGAAAGCAUAAGUCAGAUGAAGACCUCUCCGAAACACCCUCCAAACGGUCAAAGAAAGUCGAAGCCGAAACACCCCCUCAUAUGCGAGAAUGGAUCAUAGAUCCCGAAAUGUUCGCGACGCCAUCCACGCGUAAGCUCUUCAGCCCUGCUAUGCCUACUUCAAUUGGGCCUACUCCUCAGAGGGAUGGACGAAUUCUAGGACUAUUUGACUUGCUGGAGGAAAAUAAUGAGAAUAGCCCCUCGACGUGUCGGCAAGUCAAUGCUUCGGAGGAUAUGAACAUCCAGGCUACGCCUAGCAAGAAGUCUGGAGGGAUCGAUACCGCAAAAUUGGGCAGAACCCCAACAUCUACAAAUAAGGGCACAAUGCUUUUCGUAACACCCUCAAAGCGACAAAGCGACAACGCAGCCCUAGGUAAAACACCAAAUUCGGUUAGCAGAUUGCAAUUUUCCACGCCAUCUUUCCUUAGACGAGCCCCUCUUGCUGCGGUAGACGAGAAUGGUGAAUUCAUCUCCCCUGCUCCAUUCCGUCUUCCUCGCAAGCCUUUAGGUCGCAGUUUGAGUAGCGUAGUUGCUGGUCUUCGAAAACUGGAAGAAGAAGCUGAUGAGGACGACAUGGACGCCUUGCAUGAGAUGGAGAAUGAAGAGGGGAGUGGGACAAAUCCAUCAAACACUACCAAGCCUGCGAAGCCUGCGAAGCCGAAUGAUGAAAUUCUUGAGCCAGAUAGCCAAGCUCAGCAACUUCUUGGUGGAUUUGAUGACGACACUCGUUAUGAUAGCGCACCAGAGGAAGCAUUGGGCCGCAACGGGCAGCCUCUGAGAGUCUACAAGAAGAAGGGGCAAAAGCGAACUACUCGAAAGGUGAACAUGAAGCCGACUCAGAGUAAGCGGCCACAGCAGUCUACCGAGGAGCAAUCGGAUGUCGACGAUGAGGAUGUGCCUGAGACGCAGGUGAAUACCACCAAGAGUAGUGGCGAGCCUCCGCUGGAUUUGGGAUCCGACUAUGAAUUUGACCCCUCCGAGGAUGAGCGCCAGGAGCCAAAGAAGAAGGUCCCGGCUAAGAAGGUCCCGACUAAGAAGCUCGACAAGACGAAGAAGGGAGAAGAGACUAAGAAGGGAGACAAGAAGGAGGGCACAGUCAAGAAGGCGGUGAGGAAGGUUAAUGAACUGGCUCACGCCAACUUCAAGAGGCUGAAGUUGAAGAACCAUGGAGCUAAAGGACCCGCAGCUGGAAGCAGGUUCAGACGCCGUCGCUGAUUACCGGCAUCUUGCCUAGAUUGGUCCUUGCCUACGAAUAAAUAAAUAACGAGUGAAAUGAUGAAUAUACCUGCAUAAUUAUGGUACCUGAUGUACCCGUGCCUACGAUUCAAGUUCCUCGAGGCUCUUUUGCUUAAUUUGCGACCCGUGAUAGCCUCAUGCAUAACCCCCUCCCACUUCUCCAUUACCUAACCUACCUAAGACAACCCUCAACACGACAACAAAAUCCUCAGUAUAUUUAGUUGAACACCCAUCGCCAAAAUGGACUAAGCUACAACUUCUGUACCUGAAGGCCCCUUGCAAAAGUUUUUACAUAUUCCGCAUGACCAAAGGUGGGAAUAUCUCAAGAAGGUUAUCAUCCGAGUUCACAUGGGAGAAAACAACAAGCUCGGUCAGCUUGCCGAACGAAUGAAGACCGAAUAUAGUUUUGAUGCCCAGUUAGCCAUCCUAUCAUACUUCUAUUAAAUUCCUAUUG